CCGUUCACGGCUAGACGAGGCCGCUGUCUUGGGGACGGCGGUGGAGACGGAGAAUGGAMCCGCCGAAGAGGCAUCUGCAAUGGUUGGUCCAAUGUCGUACGCGUCCGCCGACUGGGCCUUUGUCGUAGCUGAUCCGACCAUGAAUGUGAUGAUGGUGAUGAUGAUGUUGAGGUUGAUGACGAUGAUGCUGGCAGCAACGGCGGCUGCGAUAGUGGUGCUGAAGGUGGUGGGGAGGGUGGUGGUGAUAGGGCAGGGGGCAGUAGUGGUGAUGAUGAUGGCGGUGGUGGUGGCAGAGGUGGUGAUGGCGGCGAUGGCGGCGGUGGAACUGCCACCGUGUUCGUAGGAUGCUGGCCCUCCUCCCUUGCAGCCACUUCGGCCAAAUUUGUUGCGAUUGGUCCGGUCUCCUGUCGGGUUGGCAUAUUCUCAUUAGCAUUUGGAAU